AUGGCUUUUGACAAAGUUGAUCAUCCUGUUAUAACGAUUGCGACGGUCAUUCUCGUUCUUUGGUAUACCACAACCUACCUGCAGCGGAAAUGGACGCACCGUCGUAUCAUAAAAGCGAACAAUUGCCAGCCGCCGCCAUCUUAUCCUCAGAAGGACCCUAUCUUCGGUCUCGACAUUCUGUUUGAGCAGAUUAAGUAUUCCAAGAAACAUAAGAUUCUCGAGCGGGCAAUCGAGCGAUUCAAGCUAUACGGCAACACUUUUACACAGCGUCGAUUCACCCCUUUCAUCAUAACAUGCGAGCCGGAGAAUAUAAAGACAGUUUUGUCCCUCCGAUUCAAGGAUUAUGGCUUAGCAGGCCGCAUCGAUGCAAUGGGUCCACUUUUGGGCCAUGGCAUCUUCACCACCGAUGGCGAGCACUGGGCCCAGUCGCGUGCCAUGGUCCGUCCAAAUUUCGCGAAAGAGCAAGUCGCGCACUUGGAUAUCUUUGAGGAACUAGUGAACGAACUGAUAUCGCUGAUUCCAACCGAGGGCAGAACGGUCGAUCUACAGGAGCUAUUCUUCGAGCUUACGAUCGACUCUGCAACGGAAUUCCUCUUCGGGCACAGCGUGCACAGCCUUCAGAAGCGGCGGACUGGGGCCCGUGACAGUACAGAACAGGACUUUGCCAGCGCUUUCAAUUAUGCACAAAAGGCUAUUGUGGCAGAUCUACGCCUUGGUAGACUUAAAUAUCUCCGCCGCGACCGCAAAGUAGGAGAGUGCAUCCGAACCUGCCAUGAACUGGUGGAGCAGUUCGUCGACAGCGCAAUGAGAGUGCGAGAGCAGUCCAGCGAGCAGAAAGCGCUCCCCGUAGGGGACAGUCAUGACGCAAAGGAGAAGCAGAAAUAUUUAUUUCUGCAUGGUUUAGCCCAGCAAACGGGGGACCGCAGGCGUAUCCGCGACGAGCUAAUAAAUAUCCUCCUGGCCGGGCGAGAUACCACGGCGUCCCUAUUGAGCAACUUGUUCUUUAUGCUAGCAAAGAACCCUCGCAUCUGGAACAAAUUGCGCGAAGAGAUUGCCUUCUUAGAAGGCCGUGCGCCGUCGUACGAGCAACUGCGUAAUCUGACAUAUGUGAGAUAUUGCCUGAAUGAAUCUCUUCGCCUCCACCCUGUUGUUCCAGCAAACUUGCGCUUUGCGAACACGGAUACAGUACUUCCCCGCGGUGGCGGACCAGACGGCAAGUCGCCUGUUUUCGUGCCAAAGGGCUGCACAGUCGCCUAUAAUGUCUAUGCUCUUCACCGUCGUGAGGACAUUUUCGGCCCGGAUGCAAACGAGUUCCGGCCUGAACGUUGGGCUGAGAUCCGUCCAGGGUGGGAGUACCUGCCAUUCAAUGGGGGACCACGCAUCUGCGUUGGUCAACAGUAUGCACUAACGGAGGCAGGGGCAGUGGGUGGAGGGCUAUGCACUGACACUUUGUUCGAGGAAUGGGACGAAGGUGGCAUUGAGCUAGUUCGUGUCUGUUAUAUGGAUGGUGGAAUUGAGGACUCGGUAGCUGCCAGUGUCACAAGCGAAGGAGAGUCAGGCGCCAGUUGGUCACGAGAUUCCGCCCGGGUACCUGACUCGGACGGAAGGCAGUUCCAUGUCAGGCAGGACUCUGUAGCAUGGAAGUGUCCGACAUGUGCCGCAGCCCAGAAGAGCCUUAACCUAAUGCAGCCGCCUAUUGCGUAUAGUAGCCUUGGCCUUCCUGGUGACGUCCAUUACGCCACCGAAGGCUCUUCCCAAGAUCCCUGA